AUGUCAAACGAGUCAAAGGGACAUUACGUUUGCCCCUGGACUAAAUUCUUCAUCUGCAUCAAACAUCUGAUUUUCAGCAAGAGGCACAUCUCUUUAGAGAAACAGAAGACAUAUUUCAGUCUCACAGACAAGCAACAAUCGGGUCUUCAGAAAACUCUCUUUGCUGUCAUCAAAUUGAUGAGCUCGAUUACAACCGAACGCCUCCGUCAGAGUCAAGCUUUCAACGACAUUCAAUGGAGCCGAUCACAUUUGCUCUUCAUGCUGAAUGUGGUUCCGCAAGACGAAGAGGUCUUUUCAAAGGUUUCGAAGGAUUUCAAAGUACAGCAGUUCCUGGAUCAAUGCCUCGAGAAUCCACGGAUACCUCCCCUACCCGACUUCAGAAUGUCGAUGAUGAAGAAGAAGGAUGUGUUCACCUUAUUCCACAUUGAUGUGGAUGUCGAAAGAGAUCGUAGCUGGAAUUCCACGAGAUACUGCUGUUUCUGUACAAGAAAAGCCUCGUGGGGUCUGGCGGACAACCAGAGCGAAUGGCGUCUUCUUCUCUGCAGCAAAUGUAAAUCGACAUCGGAAGCAAAACUUCGGAACGUCGCUAACUGCAACACUGAUGUCCAGAAGAUGAUAUUCUUCCUGCAAAAUCAGCACUUGACCACACGAUCACCGGCAGCGCACAGAGGCUCCAAGUCCGAUCGGCUGAGGAAGGAAUACAGCCCUGCCCUGACAGUAGGAACAGAGGCGGUGUCUCGCAAUCCUCCUGCAAAGCCAGCAACCCGCGCACCAUUUAAGCCGAAGGCAACCGUCUCUGACUCCCUUGACUCCCCCGGCUGGCGGAACGUCGUUCGUGGAAAGGAUCUGUUCAACUCUGUCGAAGACACGGUCCCCCCGAACGUCCGAUACAAGCAUGCAGACGAGUGCGCGUUUCUUCUCUCUGCACUUGAAAUGCUACCGUUGCACCAAGACUGCCUCGUGGGGGCGACAGUUCCACAAGGCCUCGGGACGGCCAUGCUCGAAGAAGCUGCACUGUAUGCUUGGCCAACAUUCGACUAUGUCUGGGAGACUGACAUCGUACAUCAGGUAGCAGACACAAGUCAGUCGACGACGUCCAUCUUGCUGUCCACACGUGCCCCUGCCCUUGUUCGCCGCAAUCGCUGA